AUGUCGCAAGACACAGGUCUGUGGAGUGUCCGCAGGCCAAGAGAGACCCUUGGUGGACUGAAUCUGAACUCUGGUCUUCCUCAGCCCGGCUCGACGAUGAAGCGUUCCAACUCGAGCAACACCGGCGGCAACUAUACAAACAGCCAUGUUCGCUCCAUGUCGGGAUCUAGGCACUCCCUUGCCAUGUCGAGACCGAACCAGCCACACUUCCAGCGCUCAUCCUCGGGAACGAAUCUGGCCGAUCUUGGCCUCGCUUCGGCCAUUCGACCACCAAGAGCCAGCUUCGCGCCGGGCGCUUCGAGGGCACCAGCGGAUACCAAUAGACGCAGCAGCGUUUUCCAAUCGCGCCCAUCUGCCGCGGCUCCUACCAGCAGCCAGAGCGUUUUCCAGGUCACUCCACAAGCUGCAGGUGUGCCCCGCGAUCCUCGUCCUCUCAGAGAUCGUUCGUUCCAAGCCCGGAUCGCACAGGAACUGGUAGAAUACAUGGCGCAGCAUAACUUCGAGCUCGAGAUGAACCAUGUCUUGUCGCAGAAUGCGAUGAAAUCGCCAACACAGAAGGAUUUCAACUAUAUGUUCCAGUGGCUAUAUCAUCGCAUCGACCCCAGUCAUCGCUUCCAAAAGAAUAUCGACCAAGAAGUACCGCCAAUCCUAAAGCAACUCAGGUACCCAUUCGAAAAGAGCAUCACCAAGAGCCAGAUUGCGGCAGUAGGCGGCCAGAACUGGAGCACAUUUCUUGGGUUGCUGCACUGGAUGAUGCAGUUGGCAAAAAUGUUGGACGGGUACUCCAGCGGCCAAUACGAUGACGCUUGCAUGGAGGAGGGCAUCGAUCUCAGCGGGGACCGCAUAAUAUUCGACUUCCUCAGCAACGGAUACCGAGAUUGGAUAGCCCCGGACAGAAGUGACCAAGAUGCGGAGCGAAUCCUGGAACCCCACGUCGAAGCCAUGGCGGAGGCAUUCAAACACUCCAACUCUAAGUACCAGUCGCAGCUGGAGAUGCUUGAGGCCGAAAACACUCGUCUGCUCAGGGAAAUUGAGGAACUGGAAAAAUCCACCCCCGACCCUGUAGUGCUUGACAAUCAUUUCAAGAUCAUGGAGGAAGACAAGGCGAAGUUUGAGGAAUACAACGCAUUGGCAGAACAGCGCUCGGAGAAGUACGAGAGCCGCAUCCAGGUGCUUGAAGAUGAGAUGGGGAAGCUCAACGAGGAGCUGCGCGAAGCGGAGGAGGAACGGCGCAAGCUUCAGAAAACGGUUGAUGCCCAGGGUAUCAGCAUGCAGGAUAUCGACCGCAUGAACUCUGAGCGCGACAGACUGCAAAAGGGCGUCGAGUCGACCACGCACAGACUGGAGGAGGCGAAGAAGAAGGUGGCAGAGAAGGAGGCAGAGGCGAGUCGGAGGCUGGACGAACUGGAGCGGACCGUGGACCAGUACAACACGCUGGCAUAUCAAAUUGCCCUCAUCCCUGCUACGGCAGCAAACGCCAAUGGACAGAACUACGAGCUCCAAGUCAUGGUUAGCGACGACUCGGACUUCACCUCUUCGAAUUUGCUGAAAUCGUCCGGGAAUUCAUCAGCCGAGCGCCUCCUUGAGGAUCCAAUGACGGGAUACCAGCCUGGACAUAUUUUGAAUUUGGAUCUCCGUGGCACUUUGAGAGGAUCCUUCCUGGCGCUGCGGAAAGAGAUUUCUGAGCGACGUAGUGCGGCCAUGGAGGACAUGAUGAAGGAUCACGACUUGCUAGAUGGUAUCAAAGAUGCCAUUGAGGAAAAGCGCAGUGAAGUAGAGGCAUUGAACCAUCGCGUGCGUGCUGCCGAGGAAGAAUAUGAGAAGACCAAGGAAGUCACACAGGCACAAAAGAUGGCAUCGGAUACGCAGAUUGAGAAGAUGGAAAGGGAGCUCUCGCGUAUGCGGGCAGGGUUGGCCGAGACUGUUCAGGUGCUUGAACAGCGCGAGAUCAACACCACCAUUGAAUAUGAACAGCUUGUUCUACGGGCCAACUCACUGAGAGAGGAGCUCCACACAGAGAUUGAUCGCAUGCUCAACGAUGUUAUCAAGUUCAAGAUCCACGUGCAGAAGAACCUGGAUGACUACGAGGGGUUCGUGGCUGACGAGCUCGAGCGAGAGCUCGGGACCGACGACAUGAGAGAUGAUGAGAUUCAACCAAUGGACGAGUGA